CUUUCGCGCCGCGCAUGCUACAAGUGCGGUAACGUUGGGCAUUAUGCCGAGGUCUGCUCUAGCAGUGAGCGCUUGUGCUACAACUGCAAGCAACCGGGUCAUGAGAGCAAUAACUGCCCUCACCCACGAACGACCGAGACAAAGCAAUGCUAUCACUGUCAAGGUCUUGGACAUGUCCAGGCUGACUGUCCAACACUCCGCUUGAGUGGUGGUGCCCAAGGUGGUGGACGAUGCUACUCAUGUGGUCAAGCAGGCCAUCUCGCACGCAAUUGCCCAACACCAAAUGCUUCCCCAACUGGAGCCGGCCGUGGUGCUGGCGGACCAGCUCGCGGUGGAUAUGGAGGCGGCUUUCGUGGUGGCUUCGCUGGCAACAACCGCGCUGCCACUUGCUACAAAUGCGGUGGACCAAACCAUUUUGCCCGUGACUGCCAGGCUCAAGCCAUGAAAUGCUAUGCUUGUGGCAAACUUGGGCACAUUUCCCGCGACUGCACCUCGCCAAAUGGUGGCUCAUUGAAUAGCGCUGGCAAGACGUGCUACCGCUGCGGCGAGACUGGCCACAUUUCUCGCGACUGC